AUGGAAAAGAGAGUGCCGGCUCAAUGCAAGAGUAGAUGGUCGAAGAUAAAUGAGCAACUAUGCAAAUUUGUGGGUUGCUUUGAGGCUGCUUCAACUCAGAGAUCAAGUGGGCAAAACGAUAAUGACAUUUUGAAGUUUGCAAACCAGAUUUACUUGAAUGAUCACAAUACCAAUUUCACAUUGGAACAUGCUUGGAGGGAGCUUAGACAUGAUCCAAAAUGGUGUCCAACUUCAGGAAAUGGACAGUCUAAAAUAAGAAGGAAAGAUUAUGGUUCUACACAGUCUUGUAGCUCGCAUUUUCAUGGAGGAGAUGAAUCAAUACUGCAUCCAGAAGGUGUGAAGGCAGCAAAGGCAAAAAGAAAAAGAAAACCAACUGAUGCAGCCAAAGGAAGGAGAGAGCCAGUCUAUUGA